UGAAGAACACAAGGCGAGCUGACUUUUCCAGGCCACUCCAGAGGGAGAUGAAGGUGUUGCUGAGCCUGGCCCUGGUGCUGACAUGGCUGGGGCGGUGCAGCGGCGCUGCCGAGGUGUUCACGGAGCCCCAGCUCCGAGCUAGGGCUGGAGACUCCGUGCUGCUGCAGUGCCUCUUCCUGGACCCCGACAGCAAGGGAUGGACCCUGCACAAGGUGGACUGGCUGCACAAGGCAGGAGCUGGCACGCAGGAGGAGAUGGUGUUUUUCUACUACAGCAACCACGGCGUCCCCGCGGGCCGCUUCAAGCACCGGGUGCAGUGGCGGGGGAACACCUCCCGCUGGGACGGCUCCAUCCUGCUGCAGGACCUGCGUCUCAACGACAGCGGCACCUACGAGUGCGAGCUGCGGCUGCUGGAGACCAGCAGCGUCUUCAGGAGCCGCACGGUGCUGCUCGUCAGCCCCGCGGCGCCCAGAGGUGCCGAGGAUGUCGCGCCCCCGAGAGACUCCGGGUUUUGGCCGGCAGUGGUGGGCUGUGGCUGCGUGGCCGUGGUGGUGGCGUUCCUGGCAGGGCUGUGCGUGAGGAAGAGGUUCGCAACCGUCACAGCCCUGGAGAGGAUGGGGAAGAGCAGCAGCAAGGGCAAAGCAGAGGAAGCACUUUACUCCUCAAUCCCUGGAGCUGAGGUGCCCAAGGCUGAGCAGGAAGCAAAGAAGAAGAGGAGAGCUGAGGACACAUACAUAACCAUGCACCCAUCUCACUGCCAGGACAACGGCGUCUACGUGGAGCUGGCCAAGAGGGCCAUCCCGUCAGAAUGGAUGGCAGAGGGGGCACAGGGGCAUGGACACGGCCAGGAGCCCCACAGCAGGCCAGAGGAGGCACUUCCCCAGCCCCCAGAGCGGCAGAAGUAGCUGUGCUGUGGCAUGGCAGCCCUUUUCCAGGUGUGCCCGAGACACAUUUGUCCCUGUGAGGACUGAGAACUGGUGACACGUCACUGUGUGCCCCGGCACUGCUGGGGCACAGCCCACCCCAGCUGUCUGCGGGGGACCAGGGGACCCCUGUCCCUCCAGCUCCUGUCCCCUGGACUCGAGAGGGUGGGCACAGCUCACGCUCCAGCUCUGAUCCUGGCCCCGGGUGAGGAUCCCCAAGGGGGGAGACG